CAAUGGAAAAACAACAUUAUGAUAAGUUCACAGAUCAUAGCGUGAAAGAAGAUGAUGCGUCUAGACGACAACACGGAGUUAAUCAGGACGACGACACAGAGCUUAGAAAAAGUGUUAAAACACAUCUUUCUUUUUUGGAAAGUGAUGCACCAACCAAUGAACCGGGCACACCUUCCCAAAGUUUCAAAUACAAGGCAAAAUUUACCGUAAAAAACGCACGCACUUUGGAUAUACAAACGUUUACUGAAGAUAAACUGACCUCACAUGACCAAAUUCCAAACUAUAUUCUUCAAAUGUUAAUGAUGGCCAACUACCACGUGCGUGAAUUUACUUUGAAAGGAAUCAACCCAAUGGAUGCUUUGUUAGGAAUUUUCCAUGGUUCAGACAAUUUCUUACGACAAUAUAUAGCUGUUAAACUUAGCGAAUGUCAGCUUAGCGUUCCUUUUAUUUUACCUGAUCCUGGCGAUCCAGGGGUGAAGCAAACUAUCUUGCUUUCAGCGUUGGGAAAAAUAACAAAGUCAUGGAGAGGUGCUUCAAUCAACGACUCGGCAAAAGAGGUGUACGCAACAGAACACCCCUUUCCCAUAGUGUCAUUUAUCCGGCUGGGUAAUGUGACCAUGUCCAAAUCGUCUCUGAUGAAUAAAAUUAUCAGUGAUGGUAAUGUAGAUCAUGAAUUCUUUUUUCAUAAAAACAUGGAAGGGGGAGAUUUUGUAAGAGGAGUCGUUGAUGGUUUGGUUGAACUUGUAUGGUAUCUUCCGGGAGGAUGUGGCAAGAACACGUUAAAAAAUGAAAUCUGUUUUGCCAAUCUACGUGGAGAUGCCCAAAAUUUUAAGAAGCAAGUUAAUAUACUUUGUGAAAUAUCAAACAUUUUGUGCAUUUUGCUGCCCUCGGAAAUGCCUGACAAACGUGUGGGAAAUUUUUUGGAAAAGGCUAUGUCGUCCAAAAGUAAAAUUAUCCUCAUUUUUAAUGAAAACACACGAGAAGAAGUAAAAAAAUACUACGACAGCGUGAUUGAUCAACAUUCAACAAAAUUAUAUUCCAUCACUAAAUCAUUAAUGGCAUCCGAUUACAGAUUUUUGAAAUGUAUUCGUCAGGCAAUCCAGAGCAACAUAAAAGAAACAGAAGUGAAAUCUUUGGAAAAGUGGUUCAAGCUUCAACUUCAUAUACCUGUUCUGGCGGAUUUGGAAAGAAAGAAACAUAAUCCAAAGUUUCGUCCCAACAAUGAAAACACGAGAGGAGAAAACGAUGUAAAUGAACCAUAUGAAGAUAUAAGAAAAGAAAAGAAGGCUCAGAUGGAAUCGUUUCAGAAGAUGGAUACAGAAAUUCGUCUACUCCUGAAUUCGAUUGCUGUGAUGGAUGAAGGAAUGCUGAACAGAAAUUUGCAACGAUUGAAGUAUUUAUUUGAUAGGGCUUCUCUAUCUGCGAUGGCAAAGUUGCAUCAACAAUAUCGUUUAAAGCUACAAGAAACACAAAAUGACAUGCUUGAUUCACAAUCUCACGAAGAAAAUCGUUUGAAAGAUGUAGAAGCAUUGAUAUCAUACUCUAUAUUUAGUUUGGAGCAUAUCGUUAGAGAGCUUGCUCAACUUCAUCAACUCUCCGAUUUUGUAAUGAAUAAUUAUGCCAGUGUUGGUGCGAAGAUUCUUCUUUCAGGUCAUCCUUUGGAAUUACUAGAUGGUGAUUCAGGUUAUCUACCUUUAACAUGGUUUGAUGCUGUUUAUAAGGAAGUGGAACGCGAAACAAAUAACGCUAGAAUCUGCGUGAUUUCUGUGUUAGGUAUUCAAAAUUCUGGUAAGUCGGCAAUGUUGAAUGCAAUGUUUGGCUUGGAAUUUCCUUUAAGUGGGAGAAAGUGCACUCGUGGCGCUUUUGUUUGUCUAGUUCCACUUAGUGAUCGACUUAAAUCGGAAUCAAACUUUGAUUUCUUAUUGAUCAUCGAUACUGAAGGACUGAGAAGAUGGGUUGAACCAACAGUGGGAGAACAUUCCAUUGAAUUGGCAACUUUUGUUAUUGGUGUGGCUGAUGUCACGAUCGUCAAUAUCUUUGGUGAAAAACAUAAUGAAAUAAUAGAAUUUUUAAACAUGGUUGUUCGCGCUUUUUUGAAAAUGAAGCUGUUGAAAGAGAAAAAAAAUUGCAAAAUCCUUUAUCAUAAUGUUUAUGCUACCAAUACCGAUGAGAGUUUUACAGCGAAUUGGCAAAAUUUAAAGCAUGAUCUAGACAACAUGGCAAAGCUUGUAGCUGUACAAGAAAACUGUGAAGAUCAGUAUCAAAAGUUGGACGACAUCAUUGCAUUUGACGAAAACAAAGACAUGUUUUACAUACCAAAUUUAUUGAAAGGAAGUCCUCCUAUGGCUCCAGUGAAUCCAAAUUAUGGUAUUGCUGUGCAGAAAGUAAAGGAGAGUAUAAUUGAGUUAAUGUGCUCAGAAAAACUGAUCAAACUUACUGUUUCUUCGUUUUGUUAA